GUCUCUCAUCUCUUUGAUGAACUUGCUUCUGCUUCUGUGUUCUUCCUUGGAUGGGAUUGGGGCAUCAUGCUCACAGGCCCAUGGACAACGAACAUGCUGGCACCAAGUGCCUUGGAAGUGCCUUGGAAGUUCUUUGAGCCACAUCCAUGUGGCUUCACUUCACAGCUCACGACCCCUCGCUUCGCUGUACCGAUACGGUUUAGCGCAUGUCGCCGCUCCCUCUCUUGCCUUCAGUGACCCAAGCCAAGUUCAACCUCACCUCAGGUUUCUGUCACCCCUUUUCCACAUAUACUUGCUCCCUCAACGACAACACGUGCGCUGGCAUCGACAUCUCCUUGACGAUACGCAGGGCCCUAGGCUCAUCCUAACGUUCUAUUCCAACUCCGUCCCAACCCUCUCUGUCCCUCGGCGCCACGUGCGGCAUAUUAUUCGACCCUUAGCUGCUGUACCUCGGGUCCUCACUUGGAUACCUACUUUGCCCCUUGGUAGCUGCUCUGCUAGCUUCCCACUGCUGGCCUUAUCACCAUGUCGAACCUCUUUUCCGGAAUGUGAGUACCGGACAUCUUUUUCUUGUUUCCUCGUUUCGCAUCUCGAUGGUUCUGGCUCCCUCGGUUUGUCGAGCAUGAGUUGUGAGCUCUCUUCUCUCAAACCUAGGUUGCCAGGUGGCGUUGUUGGGCCUCAAGCGACGACGUGCCGCGCCCAGCUGUUAGUGCGCUGGCUCGAUGCAGAGUCGUAUUGAAGCUAUACCAUGUCGCACAAGAUUGGCUUGGCCCAGCCUCUCUAGUGAUAUGCCCAACUACACGGUCGGCCGCGAGUGUGUGUCCAAACUCGUCCGUGUUACCUCCUCGUUAUGAUCCAGAUUUUCUGCUCAUACUCACCUUUUCAUCCACGCCGUCUCACCAUGAGGCCGUCUCACCAUGAGCUUGGACAGGCCUAUGGCACAGUCUACGCCGAUGACUCGUCAUCUGCAUGGCGGGCAUCCUAGCCAAUAUUUCACCCAUAUUCUUCACCCAGCUGAGUUCUAUCACGCGAGCAAAGCACAGGCUCC